AUGUCCUUCUCUCACCCCUUUCUCCUACGGGCAAUUCUUGCCAUCAGCGGUCUUCACAUGGACUACCUGAGAAAGGCCGGUGAUGAUGACAGCGGUUGGUACAGGACGAAGGCCUCGGCACACUGGGACGCCGCCAUUCGUUUGGCAACACCGAGGCUGGCCGACAUCAACGAAGAAUCCUGCGAUUCGCUCUUCAUCUUUGCCAUGCUCUCUUGCCUCCACACUUUCGCUGCAGGGCCGCAGGCAGGGAACUUCCUCUUGUUCACGGACGAUACGGAGGUCGAAUGGCCGAUAUUCUUCCGUGGCCUCAGGUCAGUCUCGGAAGCGGCCGCUCACCUCGGCGUCUCUGAGCCGAGUAGAUCGCUGUCUUUCAUGUACAGCAUAGCAAAAAUAGACCUAGACCGACCCCAAGAGCUACCCGAGACGAGCUGGAGCAGGGCAUUGGACGACCUCCGCCAGGGUUUAGUUGACACACUUGAAGACGAAAAGGAGCGACGAAUCUACGCGCCGGCGCUUCAGCGUCUUGCUGGAUGCUUCCUGGUGGUGUUCGGGGAUAGUGAGACUACGCGAAAGGCAGCGUCGCAUGAGGUGUUUGCUUGGCUCUACCACGUGUCGGAUGACUUGGUUGUGCGCCUCCGGGCUAAGAAUGACGUCGCGCUGGCGUUGUACGCGUACUUUGUGGUGUUACUGAAGCAGAUGAGCGGUGUCUGGAUGUUGAAGGGCUGGCCGGAGCAUUUGAUGUCUGGAAUAUACUGCGCCUUGCCUCAAUCAAGACUACUGCAUACCACACGUCCUGUCAACAUCGUGAACAUGGAGGCCAUCAAGAACACCAUCGCCGAGAACUUCGGGGGCAACGCCGCCGCAAGUCUUGGAUCCCACCAGUUCAGCCUGGAUGAGUGCCCGGACCUCACCUCCAAGGUCGCCGUCGUAACAGGCGGCAGCGAGGGCAUCGGCUACGGCGUCACGCACACCCUCCUCAAGAACAACAUCGCCAAGCUGUACAUCCUGUCCGUGUCCAAGGAUGUCGUAGACGGCGCGACGGACGCCAUCGCCAAAGACCUGGGCACCGAGAAGGCCAACCGCACCAAGUGGUUCCAGUGCGACAUGUCCGACUGGAAACGCGUCAAGGAGGUCGCGGAGGCCAUCAAGAAUGACGCCGACCGCCUCGACAUCCUCUUCAACAACGCGGGCCGGGGCAUUAUGUGGUACGAGCUGACCGACUACGGCGUCGACAGGCACAUGGCGCUGAACCACAUGGGCCACGUGGUGUUGACGAGCCACCUGCUGCCUCUGAUCAAGCAGACGGCGGAGAAGGGAAAUGUGGCGCGGAUCGUGAACCAGGCGAGCAACGCGCACCAGGCGGCGCCGAGCGAUACCAAGUUCGAGAGCCUUGAGGAGCUUAACCAGGACUUGGGUCCGAAUGGGCAGUAUGGACGUAGUAAGCUUGCGAACAUUCUGUAUGCCAGGUACUUCAACAGGAAGGUGACGCAGAAUGGGCACCCGAACGUGCUCAUGAAUGCGACUCACCCGGGGUUCGUGAGCACGAAGAUGAGUAAGGAGGAUAUCCUCGAGCCGUACCCUCUCGGAGGUUAUGCCAUGGCCAUUGGUAUGGAACCAUUCAAGAAGAGUCAGUGGGAGGGAGCCGUCCCAGCCGUCUUCUCGGCCACAACCAUUAAGGAGUCAGGGCAGUACAUCUGCCCGCCAGCGAUCCCGGAAUCUGGCAAUAAGCUGGCUCAAGAUGACGCCCUGGCGGAUCAAUUGAUGGAGUUGACGCGCAAGAUCAUCACCGAGAAGACCAAGAGCCAGUCGGUCGACAAGGGAUGCCCGAUGGAUGAUUUGGUUCUUCACUAA